AUAAGUGUCAGAAUUACGUCGCCACAUUUGCAUAUUGGGAAUCGGACUGAAGACUGCGGCCAUUUCGGGUGCUAUUUUGGCCCAAUAUCCCCUCAGUUUCCCCUCCCUGGUGCCGUCUCCGGCCAUGGAGGAGACGAAAAUCAUUUACCACAUCGAUGACGAGGACACACCGUACCUAGUGAAGCUCCCAAUCCCGGCCGAUCGCGUCACACUGGGCGACUUCAAAAAUGUCCUCAACCGGCCCAACUAUAAGUUCUUCUUCAAGUCUAUGGACGAUGAUUUCGGGGUUGUUAAAGAAGAAAUAACAGACGAGACCACGCGACUACCCUGCUUCAAUGGACGUGUUGUGUCUUGGUUGGUUCCAGCAGAAGGCACCCUCUCUGACACCUCGUCACAAUGCACCGACCCUCAGACAGACAUGCCGCCGGCCCUGGAGAGAACAGGGGGCAUCGGAGACUCCAGGCCACCCUCCUUCCAUGCAAACGCAGCAGAAAGCAGGGACAACCUAGACAGAGACACAGAAUCUGAAUCAGUCCUCUCACAUAGAAGAGGUACGUUGGAUCGUCACCGGAGAAGGGACAGACAUCAUGAUGAUGUAACAAGAAUCAACGGUCACAGCAAGCACGACCGCCACCGCAGCGGCCAUGGCUACGAGAGCUCGUCGACGUUGAUGAGCAGCGACAUCGAUACGACCAGUUACUUCGAUUCCACAGACGAUGAUAGCAGAUUUAGCAGCACGACAGAGUGUACCACGUCAUCGAGAUUGAUGCGAGGCACCAAGCAUAGACGGAGGAGAAGGCGACCGCGUAUGCCACGAGUUGCACGGAACGGAGCGCAGGACGUGGAUCUAGCCGAGUCUUCCUCCUUCAGCAGUAUAACAGAUUCCACAAUGUCGUUAAAUAUUAUCACAGUAACUUUAAAUAUGGAUAAUGUAAAUUUCCUGGGUAUCAGUAUAGUGGGAGAUGGCAAGGACGGCGGAAUUUAUGUCGGCUCGGUCAUGAAGGGAGGAGCUGUUGCAUUAGAUGGGCGGAUCGAGCCAGGAGACAUGCUUCUUCAGGUCAACGACGUCAACUUUGAAAACAUGAGCAACGACGACGCUGUCAGGGUAUUACGCGAGAUUGUACAUAAACCAGGUCCUAUCAAACUAGUGGUUGCCAAAUGUUGGAAUCCUGAACCAAGAGGAUACUUCACAAUACCGAGAUCAGCGGAACCCAUAAGGCCGAUAGACCCUGCUGCAUGGGUGUCUCAUACGGCUGCUAUGAGGCAAGACUACCCGGGUGGGCGUCCUGCCAUCAGUCCCUCCAUGAGCACGAUGACAUCAACAUCAUCCUCCAUCACCUCUUCCAUCCCGGAGUCGGAAAGGUACGAUGAGAUGCCGCUGACCAUCAACACGGACAUGUCCACCAUCGUCAAGGUCAUGGCCUCGCCAGACUCAGGACUGGACAUCCGGGACAGAAUGUGGCUGAAAAUAACCAUACCAAACGCCUUCAUAGGUUCAGAUGUAGUAGACUGGUUACACACACAUGUGGAAGGGUUCAAUGAUCGGAGAGAGGCCAGGAGAUAUGCCUCUCAGAUGCUGAAGGCAGGCUACAUCAGGCACACCGUCAACAAAAUCACCUUCUCAGAGCAGUGCUACUACAUCUUCGGUGACCUCUCGCAGGUCAACAGGGACAUGGCCAACUUGUCACUAGAGGACCGGGAAGGAAGCAGUGAAACUGACCAGGACACUCUGGCUCCCCUUCCCGGGGCACCCUGGGCGUUGGUCGGUCCCCACAUGCCCAUCCCUGGCAGCCACCUGCCUUACACAGGUGUCUACCAGCCCAAAACUGCGGGGUACGCAGUCCCGCCCGGGCCGUACUCCAUCGACGCACCUCCGUACGCUCCAAACUACAGGGAAGGAACGACAAGCCAGCAUAGCGGCAGUCCCGAGGAGCAGUGUUGUAAGAGACCCACUCCCACCUUCGUUACCUUCAAACCUAAUGAUGAAGCAGCGGAUCCAACCGAAGUGGAAAGAGAAGCACAAAAGGAGACGGAGGCAACAAGUCAGGCGGAAGUGGAAGUGAAUCCGACAGCACCAGCAAGCGAAGUCGAGCCCCCAGCGAAAGAAGCCUCCCCCCUCUCCCCCCGCUCCCCCCUCCCCCUCCCUCCAAAACCUGGCCAGCUAGCGGCCAUGCCGGCAGACCUCAGCGGCAGUAGACAGUCCUUCCGCAUGGCCAUGGGCAACCCGUGUGAAUUCUUCGUGGACGUCAUGUGAAACCAGACUGGACGUUUUGUAUGGUAGAGAAUCUUUGACAAGGACCUGGUAGUCUUUCUUACAAAAAGGCUGUGAGUCCUGAUUUUUCUGUUGACAAAAGAACAAGUUUUAAAAUUUUGAGAAACAAUAUGCACCCGCUGUAAUACUUUUUUGCGACUACUUCUUCAUGAAAGCCAGCAAAAUGGCUGUUUUACUCCAUAUUCUACAAUAUCUUACCGUCCAGUGUGCAGUUAACCUUCUCUCUGCUGUAGUAACCUUUUGGUACCAAACUUGUACUGGAGUUUGGGUGUCUCAGCAGGUAGAAGGUUAAACAGGGUUUCUUAUUCACCAUUGCCAAGAAGAAAGUGCUUUGUUGUCAGCAGGGAGGUACCAAGACUUCUUAAUACACAGAACUUAUAGGAACAAGAAUGACUGGGGAGUUGUAGACAUAUUCUUGAUGUCAAGAAUGGAGAAAGCGGAGGAGUGAUUUGCCGUAGGUUCUAUGCACUACUCAGUGUGCCCUACAACUUACAAGAAAAGGACUUUGCCACUAGCCUCUACCUAAACAGUGCUUGCAAGACGUCCAGUGCUUAUUGUACAAAGGAAAUCCUUUUUGCAAAAAAAAAAUCAUGUAAUUAAGAGAAAUUUUUGUAUUGAUAUCUAUGUAGUGGCAGUUUGUGAAGUUGAGCACUUUUGAGCUCAGAGUUAAAAUGUUGUUGGGCUUGAAAGAAGUGCACAACAGCAAUGUAGAGCAGUGAAGUUAGGAGCGCAUUCAGCAACACCAUUCACCUUUGUACCAAGAGAUUAAUAUUUAUGUAACUAGCUAGUAUAUCUCUCUCAAACCAGCCAAUUUAUUUGUUAUUGAUGAUUUUAGGAAUACAGAGGAGUUUGUAUGGUUUUGUUUUAACCAUGAAUGCCAGCUACACACUGCUCUGUUCAGAAACUUUUGAUUUUUGUAAAGUUUUGCCAAUAUUUGUCAUGCUAAGAUGUAGCACUAGACAUUUUACAUUUACAGAGAUGCUGACAAUUUAAGAUCUUAACAAAUUUAGUGUCAACAUUUGAGCUACCAAAAUAUCAGUAUUGGCUCCUAAGUGUGAAAUGACCAGUGCUAUAUGUAGGGGAUGAUACAACUGCUUCUUCUCUGUGGCAUCCUUUGGCAAAACGGCACCACCUCGAUUCUGUUGUAUUAACUCUUAGCAUUCUACAUUCACCUCGAAAAGAUAAAAUGCCGGUAAGUUAGAGUGCUAAGAGUUAAGGGUGGUGUUCUAUCAUUUCUCUCAGAGCCUUUUUGUAAGCAGGCAUGCAAUACCAGUAGUAAACUGUUGUAAUAUUGUAGAAGACAAGCCCGGUUGUUUCGGGAGUGGGUAUGUUUGACGUGUACAUGACGUGCCCACACUAUCACUGUCGACAUGUAACGGUCAGACAGUGUUUUACCAGUGGAGGAUCCCCAAUGUUAGUGCCAACAUUUUUUUUUGUGUAACAAAUGUUUCUGUCUGGUUCCUGUACAUGUAUAUGUGGUCGACAUAAUUCUCUUUUGGUACCUUUGUAUCUUCUCUUGCCGCCAAGAGAAAGCCACAUUUGAAGCCUAUGUUUAUACCUGUACAGUUUGUGCCUAUGAUUUGUUGGUAGUGUAUGGUAGCACGGCCACUGUUUCUCAACAAUACAUGCCUCAGCGUAUGUCAGGGAGACUAGUUCUCCCAAUUUACUGUAUUAUUGAUUCCAAUAUGUCUUGUUUUUGUCAAGAGUUGUUUUAGCAAUUGUAUGUAUAAUGCACUUCAGAUUUGCACUCAUUUAGAUUCUGUAACUGUUAUUAGUAUAUUUUGACUUCAUUUGUAGUAUUAUUUCUGGAAAGUCUCCUUUGUAGAUGAAAAGUGAAUGUCAGUACAAACAUGUAGUUAUUUCGUCAAACCCAUUUUUUGCAGGACAGGCCCUCCUUCAAGGGUAGUGUUUUCUGGGUUUUUGUUUUGCCUUGCCCUCCCCAUACCAUUAUCACAGUCUCAAUGAAAAGUUGAGGUAAAGUAGUAGCACAAGUAAUGAAACUGUCUUCUUAGGACAUUUCGUUGCUCUAGACCUUACACAACUUUCUUACAAGACAUGUAAGACUAUUCUUCCUGAAGUUCAAGACAUGUUCAUACUUCCUUGUAGAUUAUGUACAGAACAACUUAACAAGCCUGUAACUUUAAAACAAAUCACACAUUUGUAAUUGCUGUUCUUACUGCCACUUUAUUUCACUCUUUGACUUCAGUGGACAAAUAGUCUGCAACCUUUGUUAGAGGUAAAGCAUUUGUACACCCAGCCUAGCAAUGUAAUGGGGGAGGGGGGGAGUGGACUCCAACCAUAUCUGCCUUAUGCCUUUCCAAUGCUGUGAGGCCUUUAUUAAUACAAUAAAAGGAAAA